AUGACUUAUACAGUUUAUGCAGAUUCAUGGACAGCUUUUAACUUUAACUACUAUAACACGUGGAGGUUGUGCGAUGGCGAUCGUUACGUCAAACUGAGUGGAUAUGAUGUCGGUUAUUAUGUUGGUGUCAUACUAUGUGACCAAAGUAGAUAUAAAAUAUUAUUAAGUGACACCAUCGACGGCGAGUUCUAUGAUAUUGGUGACGGAGCUGGCACGGGACAAGAUAACUGUGAGUUUAUUGGAGGAGAGUUUGAAGCUUGGACUGUUGAUCCAGACUACUACAAUGCGCCUUCAGUGAUAGGUUUUUUCAGAAAUCAAUGGGGCGAAAUUCCAAGCAUGGGAACUAUUGGUACUGCGGACUCCAAAUUCUAUGGUCGAUGGAUGGAAUGUGGUCUUGUAAUACCUUAG